AUGCCGCGUGUCCAAAAGACCAAGGCAGUCUCUAGCACUCCCCCAAACAAAAUCACAACCAUUGCCAGCAAGCGGAAAAGAGGUGAAGAAGAAUCGCCAGCCGUCCAGGAACCCUCUCAGGAUUCGACCCCCAAUCGAAGCAGCAAGAGAACAAGAACCAGCCAGGCUCUGAGCAACGGCAUCGAGUCACCAAGUACUCCUCGAUCAAGUCGUAAAUCCACCGUUCAUGUCACCGAGGCUGAGGUCAAAGAGGAAAUAAAGAUUUCUGUGAAAAAGAGUCCCGGACGGAAAUCCAAAGCCGCCGAAGAAGAAGACGACGAGGACGAAGGAGAUACCGGAAAACCCAAACGCCAACGCAAAAGCCAAGCACAAAAAGACGAAGAAGCCAUGCCUUUAGCAGUACGGACAAUAGGGAGCAAGAUGUUUGUGGGCGCACAUACAAGUAUAGCCAAGGGAGUCGAGAAUGCGAUUCACAACUCCGUACACAUCGGAGGCAAUGCAUUUGCAUGCUUUUUGAAAUCACAGCGCAAAUGGGACAACCCUCCGUUGAAAGACGAGAACCGAGAGGCAUUUCGCAAAGCCCUAAUUGAACACAAAUACGACGCAGAAAAACAUAUCGUACCGCAUGGAAGCUAUCUCGUCAACUUAGCCACCGAGGACAAGGACAAAUCCAAACAAUCAUACGACGCAUUCAUCGAUGAUCUUCGACGAUGUGAGGCUCUAGGAAUCAAAUAUUACAAUUUCCACCCUGGAGGAGCAGGACAGAGUCCAGUAGGAGAAGCCAUCACUCGUCUUGCCAAUAACCUCAACCGGGCAUUAUCCGAGACCAGGACCGUCGUUCCAUUAUUGGAAAACAUGGCCGGCCAUGGUACUUUGAUAGGAGGACGAUUCUCCGAUCUGCGCGACGUGAUUGCACAGAUCAAACCUGAGUACCGCUCUCGAAUCGGUGUAUGUAUCGAUACAUGUCACGCAUUCGCAGCGGGGUACGACCUACGCACGCCAGACGCAUUCGAAAAGACGAUGAAAGAAUUCCACGAAACAGUUGGAUUUCAGUAUCUCAAAGCCAUGCAUUUGAACGACUCUAAAGCCCCGUUCAACAGUCACCGCGACCUUCAUCAGAACAUCGGAUUAGGUUUCUUAGGUCUACGGGCAUUUCACAACGUCAUGAACGAACCAAGAUUCCAGGGUUUACCGCUGAUUCUUGAGACGCCGUCGGAAAAGCCAGACCCGAAGGACCCGAAAGGGAAGAAGAUGAUUGAGGACAAGACCGUGUGGGCGGAGGAAAUUAAAUUGUUGGAGAGUUUGAUUGGGAUGGAUCCAGAAGGGGAUCAGUUCAGGUCUUUGGAGAAGGCGCUAAGUGCCAGGGGUAGGAAGGAGAGAGAAGAGAUGCAGAAGAAGUUUGAGGAGAAGCAGGAAAAGGAGAAGAAGAAGUUGGCCAAAGAGAGGGAAAAGGGGCAGAAGAGUUUGAGUGAUAUGUUUGGUGCGAAGGGGAAGAACAAGAAUAAAGCAGGGACUGCGUCUAAGAAGGGAAAGAAAGGCGGUGAUGAUAGCGAGGGAAGUGAGUUGAGUGAUUUGAGUGACGAUGAAGCAUCUCAUGUACACUGAUCACUGGGGGCAAGGGAUCCUCAAUAUGGUUGGUUAUGUGUCUAUUGUAUAUGUGGGGCUCGAAUAUGUUAUGAGAAGUGUACAACAAGAGGAGAUGAUCCAACCAACAACAACGAGCAUGGAACGCACAGUGAAACGCAGACAUGGCAUUACCA